UUAUCAUAUAAGCUCAAGGAUUUCAAGAUUUUUAAUACAUCAUACUGAAACGAAGAUUUUAUGAGAAAUAAUAUCAUUAUAUUUACUUACAACUCCAAACAGCAUACGUCGCAGUGAGUUGAGAUGUUCAAGUUUAAAUUAUUAUUAAUUUACGCUAUUGCUGUAAGUUUAGUGUACAGUUUUCCUGCUGAUAAUGAAUAUCGAAAUGAAUAUAGUGCAUGGAAUAACUAUAAGACGGACUACAGUAAGCAGUACGAUUCACCAAACGAAGAAGCAAGACGCCAGGGAAUUUUCAACGACAAUUUAGCGUUCAUUGAAGAUCACAACAGAAGAUAUCAAAAUGGUGAAGUUGGCUACAAACUUGCAGUUAACGAUCUUGCUGAUCUAUCUCACGAUGAAUACAGGCGAACCCGACUUGGACUUCUCGGAUAAAAUUACCAAUAUAAUGAUUUGUAAUUAAGAUAGUGCCAAGCGACAUUUUGUACUAUAUAUAAAGUAUCACAGCGCUCCCUAAAUUGUACGAUAAAAAUAAAAUUAGUUCUUGUAAUCAUCAUACAUUUCUCUUUGAAAGAUGACUACCUGUCUCGUGAGUGGUUUGAAUAUCUGUUCUUUCUCUAUUUCAUACAUCACAUAACAAAUUUUCGAACGUCAAUUGUAGGGCAACUCAUUAUCAAAAAGUUGUCUGUUCACUAUACAAG